AGUAUAAACGGACACCUGGUGGUCUUUCUUCGAGAUUUCUAAGAUGUUUUGUGAUUCUAGAGUUGCAGGGACAGAAUAGCUUGCUGAGAUAACAGAAGUUUCCACCUCCAAGCAAUCGACAUUUUUCUUGGCCUUAAAUUCAACCAUGGGAAACAACAAGACUGUAACACCUAAGUCCGAGAAAGCAUCUUCACCUGGACAGGAGCAGACUAAUGUUCAUGCUUACACUGAUUGGGCUAAUAUCCAGGCAUAUUAUGGGCCUGGAGUCAUACCACCACCAUACUUUAACUCUGCAGUUGCAUCUGGUCAUGCUCCUCCCCCAUAUAUGUGGGGUCAUCCUCAGCCUCUAAUGCCACCUUACGGGGCGCCCUAUGCAAUCUACUCGCAUGGAGGUGUCUAUGCUCAUCCUGCAGUCCCAUAUGGAUCACAUGGGCAUGGGAUUCCACCAUCACCUGUUUUAAGUGAAUUCAUGGUUGCAACUCCUUUGAGUGUAGAACCACCUGCUAAGUCUUCAACCAGUAAAGAUCGAGGCUUAAUGAAGAAAUUGAAAGGGUUUGAUGGGCUAGCAGUCUCAAUCGGAAAUGGCAAGGCUGAGAAUGCUGUUACAGGUUCAGCCCAUGGGAUGUCACAGAGUGAGGAAUGUGGUACAGAAGGCUCCAGUGAUGGAAGCGAUGGGAAUACAGGAGGGGACAAAUCGAAUAGGAAAAGAAAUUCUGAGGGCUCACCAUCCACAGGCAAGGAUGGGAAACUUGAUCCUGUUCCAGUUGGAGAGGCAAAUGUUACUCCUGGUGUGGUGGUGCCUGCUUGUGAUGCUUUACCAUCUGAACUGUGGGUUCAGGAUGAACGGGAGCUGAAACGGGAAAGGAGGAAGCAGUCUAAUAGAGAAUCUGCUAGAAGGUCAAGGCUGAGAAAGCAGGCUGAGACUGAAGAACUAGCCCUGAAAGUUGAAACCAUGAGUGCAGAGAAUAUCGCCCUUAGGUCAGAAUUAAAUCGACUAAUGGAGAAUUCAGAGAAACUGAGGCUUGAGAAUGCUGUGUUAAUGGAGAAAUUAAAAAAUGCCCAACUCGAAGAGGAAGGAGAAAUGGCUCCCAACAACAUGGAAUCUGAAACAGCCCCACAUGACAGUACUGAAAACUUAUUAUCUAGAGUAAACAACUCAAGCUCUGUUACAAGUGAGCAGGAGGACAGUGAGCCCAAUGAAAACUCCAACUCCAGCACCAAGUUACAUCAACUCCUAGAGACGAGUCCCAGAGCUGACGCAGUGGCCGCCGGCUGAUCUAUUUAAUUUGAAGUGAUGGGAGAAAACAGGAUGCCUUCUUUCUGCUAUUCAUUCUGUCUCUAUCUCCACUUAAUUCUGUAAUUUUAGCAACAACUCAAACCCAUAAUCACUCCUAACACAAUAGGUGACAUAGUUUUGGACAGACUCGGCAGUUACAGGGCAAUGAAUUAAGCUCAGCAGUGAGGGCACACGUGUGGUUCCGAGGGAAGAAGCGGGAGGAUCUCACCUUCUCUGACUGAUAUCAGUAUAAAAACCGUUUUGGUUUUUGUUGGCUAAGAAAUUUGUAAAUUGAGUAUUGGCAAAGGCAUAACUAAUUUGUGGUCUAUUUGAUUCCACUUGAUGCUGGAGGAUGUCCAUUGAUACUGUACAUUAAAAAGGUUUUAGAUUGAUUUAUG